CCAAGACUCUGUGGGUCAGACUUUGGUGCCAUUUGCACUGGGCCAGAGGACUCCUCUUGGAUUCUUGAUUUCAUGCAUCUUUUGAGAGACUUUUAGAGACUGCUGUUACCGGUGCUUUAAUUCAUGCUGGCCCUGCCUCUCCAGGAGUUUCAAAGGAGUCAGAAAAGCAGAUGACUUGUUUCAGGUGUCUCCCGUGAAUGUGAGCCUCUAGCAGCUUCCAGUACUGUCUUUGUUAGUUUCUCUAGGAUCGAACAGAUUCUCGUGAGUAGAUUAAGGAGUGGCAGAUCCAGUCCAGAUAUGGAUUUCUUUACCACUCAGCAGAACAAGAAGCCACCUGCCUUCACAAGAUCAAGAAAAAGAAUGUUAACAAGCCCAAGUGGUAAGAAGUUCCGGAGCAAGCCCCAGCUAGCCCGUUACCUGGGGAGCUCCAUGGACCUGAGCACUUUUGACUUUCGCACGGGGAAAAUGCUGAUGAGCAAGAUGAACAAGAAUAGACAGCGGAUGCGCUAUGACUGUUCUAACCAAGCCAAAGGCAAGCCUGAUUUAAACACUGCGCUCCCUGUCAGACAGACAGCCUCCAUCUUCAAACAGCCUGUCACAAAGAUCACAAACCAUCCCAGCAAUAAAGUGAAGAGUGAUCCUCAGAAGGCUGUGGACCAGCCCCGCCAGCUCUUCUGGGAAAAGAAACUAAGUGGACUGAAUGCCUUUGACAUUGCAGAAGAGCUGGUGAAAACAAUGGACCUUCCAAAGGGUUUACAAGGUGUUGGACCUGGCUGCACAGAUGAAACCCUUCUCUCUGCCAUAGCUAGUGCCCUGCAUACUAGCACUAUGCCCAUCACUGGACAGCUGUCUGCAGCGGUAGAGAAGAAUCCUGGUGUGUGGCUAAACACCUCACAGCCUCUCUGUAAAGCAUUUAUGGUGACAGAUGAAGAUAUUAGGAAGCAGGAGGAGCUGGUGCAGCAGGUGCGGAAGAGGCUGGAAGAAGCGCUGAUGGCUGACAUGCUUGCCCAUGUGGAGGAAAUAGCAAGAGAUGGGGAAGCACCCUUAGAGAAGGAAGGGGGAGAUGAAGAGGGAGAGGAAGAAGAGGAGGAGGAGGAACAGGACCAUGACCAAGAGAUGGAGAAUGUAUAGUCCAGGGAGUACCGUCUCAGAAUUCCCAGUAUAAACCCUAUCAGCAGGGUCAGCACAACUAUUUACAAAGCCAAGAGUGUCUGCAGAGUAAAUUGCACCAACCGUCCAACAGUACCUGUGAGCAUGUUUGAUGUCCACUUCAGGAAAAAUGUUGAGAAUCUGAAGACUCAUUAAUUGCUGAACAGUUUUGAAGAUGGAACUUGACUAAACUCUGCUUCCUUCUCUUUCUAAAAUUGUAGGGCAGUGGGGGAUACAAAAGUGGGAGGGGGGAAAGGGAUAUAAAAGUGGUGCAAAGUUUAAUACUAGAAACCAAAUUCCUUAUUUUAUUCAUCAGUCAGUGAUAAGAUGUGGUCAGUUGUUUUGUUUUUUUUUCCCCCAGGCCCUUCUAAGUAUAUUUAGUGGUGAACCUGAAAAACAGUUUUCUCUCUGACACAGAUGAGAGAUCCUCAUUCAGUCCUUGGCUACUCUGCUGUAGGCUACCAGUUUGUACCAGACUGUAGGAGGUCACUUUAUGUUGUGGAUUGUCAUUCCAUACGUGAAUUCAGGUGACUGAAUUUCAUUUGCCUCACAAGACCACAUUGGACUUGAAGCGUAGUCUCAGAGAUGAAAAGCCUCUGCUGCUUCUGUUUGACACUAUGAUGAGUUGGGGAAGGUACAGUUGGGAUCAGUCUUGCAUCAGCGACAACCUGUUUUCAUAGCUAGUUCUUGUACCAUGUAAAAUGCGCUAGCUGCCAAUGCUUGGUAUGGAAAAUUGUGUGUGUUCAAACAUAUAGCCCGUUAGGUUUUCCAAAGGUAUAUAUAUCAGCAUGUGGUAUAAGGAGUGUUCAGCUUUGAUGCAAGUCUGGUUAGAAAGAUCUCGACCGCUAAAAAGGAGAGUACAGCAUAAUGACUCAUUUCUGGUCAACUAUGAGGAAAAAAAUCCUCCUUUCUCUUCUGGUGCCAUGUACCCCAACCUCUGUUACGUGAGUGUGGAGGGAAGGAGACUCAUUCCCAUAGGCUUGUCUACACAUCUCUUUUCAAGUGUAGUAAUGUUCUGACCUCUUUUAAAACAAGAAAAGAAAAAAAAAAAAGAUUUUUCUAUAUCAAAAUGAAUCUAAUGCUUUUUAUUAAGUGUUGAAUCUUUCUUAUUUGCAUGUGCAGUGGAGUGACCAGCAAUCUGUGUCCAAAACUAAAUGACAUGGAACCUGCCUUAAUGUGUUUAUAAGUAUUUGGCUUCACCAUGGGUACCUUGAAUGAUUCCCCAGUCUCUUCUAGUACAUCUUUGAGCAAAUAGCAGGGGAAAUUUAGCCACGGAUGAAAAUAAUUCAUCCAGGGAGAGGUAGUGAAGUGAACGUUUAUAGCUUGAAGAAAAUAUCCACUAGGUUGCAAAUUCUUUAGUCUUAGGAUAUCCAUGCAUAAUUCAUAUCUGAAAGCAUCAGCUGAGAGUACAAUAUAAAAUGGUGGAUUAAAAUCUUGUACCAUCAUCCAGUUGUGCGAGUUAUUGGUAUCCCAAAACUUGGGAAAGAUGUAGCUCCCAGAGCCUUUGUCAUAUAGGAACGAUUAGCAAUAACCGUGAGGCCCCAGGGGGCAUUUCCUGGAAAGUAAUGACCUCCUUUGGGAAUAGUUUGCUGUACUGGCUUAAGUAGGCUUAAGUUCCUUGAGAAGUGUCCUAUGCCAAAGGGAAUAAUGCUAUAUUAACCCUUUCUUUAAACAGUUCCUCAGUAUUGUUGCUCAUUCAGAGUACUCCAAGAAGACUGAAUUUGUACUGUGCUGCUGUUGUCCCAGACGUUGGUUUGGGGGAUCUUGUCUGGUGCAGUUGCCAGCUAGAAUUAUUUUUCCUUUUUUUUGAACAGUCUGUUACGGUUAUUCUGUAAGUUUGUUCUCCUGUAACUCAUUGUCUUCAAUUAAAUGUUUCUCACAGAAA